CUAAGUACACUGUUCCUUAACAUGUUGGGUCCAGUAUUUUUUAUGUUGUUUACUUUUUACUAAAACUUUUUUGAACUUUAUAUCUAUUUGUCCCCACAUGAACUUCACUUUUCCCUUACUUCUCCCAUGUUCAUUUUCAUUGGUUUAAUCUACCAUCCAUUAGUUGUUUUUACAUCAUGGUUCAACAUUGUAGUUUCCGAGACUUGGAGAUUGGAUUUGCCCCAACAGCAAUUUGGCCAAAUUUGGUCCAAUCGGGUGCUGCACCGAAUUCUCAAACACAAAGUCGAAAUCUAAAAGAAUUACACACCUGAAAUGGUCAAUGCUGAACAUGAUCGGGUCAGCUCAUGAUUCUGAAUUCUGCCCAUGGAACCAAAAGCAAAAUAAUUAAUGAGAAAAAAAUGGUUGAUGGCAAGGGGCCAGUCAAAAUAAUCUAUAUCUGUAUUUAUGUAUUAUAUAUUUACUAAUUUAAUUUAUAUAUUUCUUUUUUACUGCUGGUAGCAGCAUGAAUUCUGAUGUUAUUUCUAAGUACACUGUUCCUUAACAUGUUGGGUCCAGUAUUUUUUAUGUUGUUUACUUUUUACUAAAACUUUUUUGAACUUUAUAUCUAUUUGUCCCCACAUGAACUUCACUUUUCCCUUACUUCUCCCAUGUUCAUUUUCAUUGGUUUAAUCUACCAUCCCCCAGCACCCACCUCUGAACUUUUAUUGGAACAGUAGAGUCUCCAGGUUUAUCUUCGUUUAUUUGUGGUAAAUAGAACUUCAGCAUUUCACAAGUCUGACUCUAUAAGACAAUUCAUUAUGGGAUCAAUACUUGGGUUUCUGUGUAUGUUGUCAGUUCUCAUUUCUACAGGUAUGUCAGUUAAUUUAUCUUUUUCUUACUAUCUUUCUUUCUUUCUCUUUCUUUCUUUCUUUCUUUCCACGAAUCCUGAAUUUUAAGUAAAUACUCAGGUGGUUCUGAAAGCAUCAGAGGAAACUGCAAGACGGGAUGUUUCCACAACCCCCUAAUACAUAUUUCAUGUUAAGUAUCUUUUAUAUUACAUACUAGUUGAAGAGUAGGGUUAAUGUGGUUGUGUAGUAUAAGGUGGGAGAUUCUUUUCCUACAGUUUAGAACUAUGAUUUUUUUUUUAAUGAUUUUUUAACAUUGCCUUGCCAAUGAUUCUAUAUACUGCAAAGUAAUUUAGAAUAGCCAAGCACUUGAACUAGAAGACAAAAAAUCUUCAUGCUCUUCUUAACACAGUGUAGGACUGAUUGUAUCUAUUAUAAUAUGUGUAGCUUGGAUAAUAUAUUAAGUGAAUGAAUUGUCAAUGUUGGAGAAGGGGGGAGGACCAAGAGAAGAAAAAAUGGAAGGGUCAGGCUAUUGUGAAUUUAGCAAUAGUAGUCCAAGUAGUAAUGAAAAAGGUAGUCAUUUGAGUUUUUUGCAAAAUAUAUAACUAAAUGAUAAAACCUAGAAGUUCUGAUGUAAAACUGUCAGCAGGUUUCAUUGAAUGUUCCUCAUUAGGUUAUUAGUCAGUGAUUUCCUACCAUUUAAUUGGUCCAGUUAACAUAAAUUAGUUAUUUUCCAGGUUACCCAUUGUCGUGCAUAAAGUGUGUAAAUAUUAAAGGUGGUUCCUGCACUGGCUCCAGUGUCACCUGUGCUUCAGAUCAAGUUUGUAUGUCUUCAUAUGGUGAAAGUUCCAUAGGUAAGUGUCUUAGAAUGUUGGGGACUGGGUAUAAGUUUGUUAACUUGUGUUGCUGUAUCAACGAGAUAUAUUAAAAGCAAAUUAUUGAUCACAUGUUCUAUAGGUAAGUGUCUUAGAAUGUUGGGGACUGGGUAUAAGUUUGUUAACUUGUGUUGCUGUAUCAACGAGAUAUAUUAAAAACAAAUUGUUGACUAGCAAGCAUAAGAGAACGCAAUAUUUCUAUUAUCAUCAACGAUUAGUUGGGUUCAUAUUGUAUUAAUAUCAAGAGAAGAACAAUUCAGCAGUCAAUUAAUGGAGAAAAAAAGGAAAAGAGAAAAAAAAUAAGCAGAGCAAAAGAGGGUGAAGAGGAGUGUGUGAAGGAAAUGUGAGACUCAGGUCGGCCACCAUUUUACUUUCUGCUGGUUAUACAGGAAGACAGAAAUAUAGUGUAAAGGUAGGCUUGUUAUGACUUCCACAAUACUCCCAGAAUUCUAUGCAGAAAAUGAGUACUCAUGGCAACGUUGUCACUCUUUAUUUUCCCUGACCUUGUUAUGGUAGGUGUUAGAGACAGACAGGCAUUGAAACAUAUGGAAGGACUUACAGACUUAUAUAUUCUUCUUAACAGCUAAUGUUUAUUUGUCCUUUACAGAGGGAAUUAAGGUGUCAGAAGUAUUUCUUAGAGAUUGUGCUCCCACAAGCUACUGUGAUUUUGAAGGAAGCAUUACAGUGGAAUCCAAUUUAAAGACAAAGAUGGGCAUCAGCUGCUGUUCCACAGAUCAUUGUACCCCACCAAUGCCCAAAUGUAGGUAUCUAUAUCAGAAGAUACAUAGUAUGUUGCUGUGCAUUUAUAUGGAGCCUGUUGUGAAAAGCUAAGUGGAAUGUGGUUAACAUGGUUCAUGGAUUGCGGGAUAAAACUUACCAGGAAAGGUUAAAGGAUCUUAACAUGAAUAGCUUGGAGGAAAGACGAGACAGGGGGGAUAUGAUAGAAACAUUUAAAUACAUAAAGGGAAUCAACACAGUAAAGGAGGAGACUAUAUUUAAAAGAAGAAAAACUGCCACAACAAGAGGACAUUGUCUUAAAUUAGAGGGGCAAAGGUUUAAAAAUAAUAUCAGGAAGUAUUACUUUACUGAGAGGGUAGUGGAUGCAUGGAAUAGCUUUCCAGCGGAAGUGGUAGAUGUUAACACAGUAAAGGAGUUUAAACAUGCGUGGGAUAGGCAUAAGGCUAUCCUAACUAUAAGAUAAGACCAGGGACUAAUCAGAGUAUUUAGAAAAUUGGGCAGACUAGAUGGGCCAAAUGGUUCUUAUCUGCCGUCACAUUCUAUGUUUCUAUGUGUCUAUGAAUGAGUGGAUAUGGUGAGAAAUGGUGUUGUAGCAAGAAGUUCCAAGUCUUUAGUUUUCACCAUAAACAGGGCCGUCUUUAACGUGGAGCAAACAUGGCAGCUGCCCCAAGCCCAAUUGCUCCUGGGGAGCCCCAGAGCAGCUGCCCGUGGGCCCCGCCAUUUGAGCAGCCCCCAUGGACCUGGCGGUGCAGCUGCACAGAGCCGCACCAGCCGCACACUAAGGAGGCCCCCCGGGUGGCCCAUGCACUAAGGGCCACCCGGUGGGCAUGUGUCAGCAGGAGCCCGAUCGGGCGCUGUGGCGCUUAAACAGCAAUUGCAAAAUUGCAAUUAGAGUCUGCGUAUAAGUAGUCAAUUUUUUGGUUGACUGACCCACGGGGAGCAGAAAAGUACUGUCAAAAGACCUGCGUAACAAGGUAAAGGAACUUUAUAAAGAUGGAAAAGGAUAUAAAAAGAUACCCAAAGCCUUGAAAAUGCCAGUCAGUACUGUUCAAUCACUUAUUAAGAAGUGGAAUAUUCGGGGACCUCUUGAUACGAAGCCAGGGUCAGAUAGAUCAAGAAAGAUUUUAGCCACAACUGCCAGAAGAAUUGUUUGGGAUACAAAGAAAAACCCACAGGUUACCCCAGGAGAAAAAUGUGAAGGUUCUGGAGUGGCCAUCACAGUCUCCUGACCUGGAUUAAUUUUGCCAAGACAAUGGGCAGCUGUACCACCAGCAGGAAUUAGGGUCAUCAACUAUUAGAAAUGACUGCACUCUGUCAUUGAUGCUAAACGGGUCAAUACACAGUAUUUAUAACUAAGGGUAUGUAGACUUUUGAACAGGGGUCCUUUUAUUUUUUCUUUGUUGACAUGUUUUGUUUUAUGAUUGUGCCAUUCUGUUAUAACCUACAGUUACAUAGUUACAUAGUUACAUAGCUGAAAAGAGACUUGCGUCCAUCCAGUUCAGCCUUCCUCACAUUUGUUUUUUGCUGUUGAUCCAAAAGAAGGCAAAAAACCCAGUUUGAAGCACAAUUUUGCAACAAGCUAGGAAAAAAAUUCCUUCUUGACCCCAGAAUGGCAGUCAGAUGUAUCCAUGGAUCAAGCAGUUAUUACCCUACAUUGAAAGAUUAUAUCCUUGAAUAUUCUGUGUUUGCAAAUAUGCAUCUAGUAGCUGUUUGAACAUCUGUAUGGACUCUGAUAAAACCACUUUUCAGGCAGAGAAUUCCACAUCCUUAUUGUUCUUACAGUAAAAAAAAAAAAACCUUUCCUUUGCCUCUCGAAAUCUUCUUUCUUCCAGUCUAAACGCAUGACCUUGUGUGCUAUGUAAAGUCCUGUUUGUGAACAGAUUUCCACACAAUGGUUUAUAUUAGCCCCGAAUAUUUUUGUAUAAUGUUAUCAGAUCCCCUCUCAGGCGACAUUUUUCUAAACUAAAUAGGUUUAAAUUUGCUAACCUUGAAUACGAAUCCCAUAUGAAAUAAAAGAAACGUGUUUUGCCUGCUCACUCAUGUUUUCUUUAAAAAUGAUACAUAUAUUACCGAUUCUCCAAGGGUAUGCAAACUUUUGAGCACAAUUGUAUAUUACUACAUCUUAUAAAUAAAUAUAUAGCAUAUUCUCUUUUCUCUAUUGUAAAGUACCAGCUGACAAAACUGUACCCAAUGGAUUGUCUUGUCGAGUAUGUCUAACUACAGACAGUGACUGGUGCACUAGUUCCAAAACUAUAGACUGCACUGGGGAUGAAAACAUGUGCAUCCUACAGUCUUCAAAACUCAUAGGUGAGUACCACACCAAUGUGUCUGAAAGUGGAUAACGUUUAUUAUUUGUUUGCUUUGCUUGUCAUUGCAUGCACUACUGAUUGUUUGAAUAUUGCACACUAAGGAAAGUGCACACUGUCAGGAAUCUAUUUUGAUGUUAAAUCUGAAAUACUCUUUGAAUUCACAACUUUCACGUUAGAAAAUAAUACUUUAAAAUUAUGUUUUUAGGGAUGAUUUUAUGGAAGCUUGGGGUUAUAAUUAUUCAGGUUAAAAGGUCUUUAUGGUAACAGUGACAUGAGCUCAACAUGGAUUGGGGUACUUAUAGUUAGUGUUGAGGUCAGGUGCAGACUUAACAUUAUGGCACUUGGGCAAUGCCUGAAGACCCAGGCCAGUAAAGGGAGGCCUCAAAAACUCUGUCAUACCUCCGGGUUCAGGGCCCCUCCGCAGAGGCCAUCCAUUUUUUUAAUGAUGGUAACCACACAUGGCCAGUUAUCAGACACUAAACCACUGGGCCACCGUGAAAUAGGUAAGUGUUUCUCCUACCUAAGAAAUGCUGAGAGGGGGCAAAAACUUAAUUGUUUAUUUAAAUUCUCUAAAUACUGGAAGGAUCCAGCCUCUCCUCACCCUGCAAACUCCUCUCUCAACUCACCCACUUUCCUCAGAGCUGCCCAUACACAGCCACAGACAUCACUCACAGCAAUACACACUUAAAAUCACACACACAGCCAAAUAUUCAUCACUCAACAGCUCCACACAUCACUCACAGCUACCUACACACAUCAACAUACACCAGUCACAGCUACCCAUAAGCAGUCACACAUACUAAUCACAGCUACUUACACAUAUCCCUCACUCUACUCACACUCAGCAACACACAUCACUUACAGCUACAUCACAUGUAGCCACCUUUCACGGCACACUGGGAGAGGCUGGUGCGCUGUGCUCACUAAUCAGAUGCCACAUGGAUUUCAGCGUGCUGGGAGCUGGGCAUGCGCCAAGACCUCCUUCCGGCCACCAGGUUAUACCACAACUCUUUAGCAUCAUGCCAUGAUUGCAAGGUGCACCGCAAUCUCUUUGCCUGCCGGCCCCUGCCGCCACUCCAUAAAUUUUGCUCUAUAAUUUAUAAUCAUCUACAUUUACAACAUAAAUUCUCUGCACACAGGGCAGAAAGAAUGUGGUGUUUGACGUUUUGAAUGAAGUGACUUUUUGUCCCAAUAUGAAAAUAAAGGGCUCAUCAUAUAAACAAUCUCAUGAAAAAGUGUAGUGGGCUUAUAGUGCUUUUGUCCAAGUAUAAAAAUUAAGGGCUCAUUAUGCAAACAAACAUACAUGCAGAGAAAUCAUGUUAGUUCUAGAAUUUGUAGCUCCCCUUAAAUAACCUCUAUUAUUUUUUUCUUUUAUUCAUCAUCACCUUUACAUGUACUUUUGACAUUCCCUCAAUUAAGACUUUAUGCUUAAAAUCAGAGUUGCACAUCAUAAAAUAGCAGAGAGCUAGAAGCCCCUACGGGAACCAGCUAAAUGUGUGUCAGGGGCGACCAUAAAGGGGGUAACCCUCACAUAUGUGUGUACAAAGAGAAAAGGAGACCCGGUGGGUCAAGGAAAUAGGAAGUCCCUUAAUUAAACUCUGUAUAUAUAAAACAUAGCUUUUAAUGAUUGUUGUAAUAAAAUACUCAUCCUAAUAGAAAAAAAGACAAGGAAAACAGAACAAAAUUUAAAAAAUGGGAUAGAUAGGUUAAGGAAAUAAUCAAUCGUAUCUCCUGAGUGGGAUAUAUACCCCAAUAAUAUAAUCUCUUAAAUGGGUCCAAUAGUAUCUUAGAAGAGAAGGGGGUUCCAAUACAGUACUCGUACCGUAGCUUUAAAUAAUCACAGUCGUAGCAAUCUGUUGUGGGGCUCCCAUCUAUAGUUGUAUAUAACGAAUAACCCUCACAAAUACCAAAAUCUUGGACAAUUAAAAAGAACAUUUUGAAAUCAGUACUUUUCCCGUGCAAUACCAAAUUUAUUCUUGGUUCAAAUUAACCCUUAUAUGAACAGCUAGGAUAGAUAUUGAGAUGGAUAUUCGUAUCUACAACUAUUUGAAAUGAAGACAAGUAGGGGACUUCAUGGUGUUUGUGUGUGUGUCAGCAUGUUUCAGUCAGUAUGCUUGCAUGUGCUUGGGUCAGUGCACUGGCGUACAUACCAGGGUCGCAGGGGUCGCGACUGCUGACCCCGGGUGGCCGGUCGGGCAGGCAGGCGGGCGCGCGAGGGAGCACUCACUGCUUCCUCUUCAGCUCCCUCGCGCACCGCAAUGAUACCGGAGCCGGAAGAUGACGUCAUCUUCCGGCUCCGGCAUCCCUACGCGGCGCGCGAGGGAGCUGAAGAGGAAGCACUGAGUGCUCCCUCGCGCGCCCGCCUGCCUGCCCGACCGGCCACCCGCCCAGGAGCCCCACUGGACCCCAGGGAAUCCCCCCAGCACUCCAAAAGGUAAGGAGGCUGGGGGGAUUAUAUAAAAAAAAUAAAAAAUCAUGUGUGAGUGUUAGUGUGUGUGUGUGUGUGAGUGUUAGAGUGAGUGUUAGUGUGUGUGUUAGAGUGAGUGUUAGUGUGUGUGAGUGUUAGUGUGUGUGAGUGUUAGUGUGUGUGAGUGUUAGAGUGAGUGUUAGUGUGUGUGAGUGUUAGUGUGUGUGAGUGUUAGAGUGAGUGUUAGUGUGAGUGUUAGAGUGAGUGUUAGAGUGUGUCUGCUAGUGAGUGUUAGUGUGUGUGUCUGCUACUGAGUGUGCUACUGUGUGUGUCUUACUGAGUGUGUGUGUGUUAGUGAGUCUGUUUGAUGUCUGUUAGUGAGUGUGUGUUUGUCAAUGAGAGUGUAUGUUUUGUAAGUGAGUGUGUAUGUAUGUCUGUCGCUGACUGUAUCUCUGUCAGUAAAUGUGUGUGUCUGUUAGCUAGUGUGUAUGCGUCUGUAAGUGAGAGUGUGUGUGUCUUCAGCACUUACCUUCUCCAGCGCCGGACUCCCUUGGCCCUGAGGAUCCCUCAGCCUCUCAGCUCCGAAUGCGACACAAGACGCAUUCAAACCGCCCAUAGGAAAGCAUUACUCAAUGCUUUCCUAUGGACGUUCAGUGUGCUCCUCUAGCUGGCUGUCCGUGAGACAGCCACUAGAGGCUGGAUUAACCCUCAGUGAAACAUAGCAGUUUCUCUGAAACUGCUAUGUUUUCAGCUGCAGGGUUAAAACUAGAGGGACCUGACACCCAGACAACUUCAUUGAGCUGAUGUGAUCUGGGUGUCUGUAGUAGUCCUUUAAAGGACCACUAUAGUGCCAGGAAAACAUACUCGUUUUCCUGGCACUAUAGUGCCCUGAGGGUGCCCCCACCCUCAGGGACCCCCUCCCGCCCGGCUCUGGAAAGGGGUAAAACUUACCUUUUUCCACCGCUGGGCAGAGAGCUCUCCUCCUCUUCCUCCUCCCCCCGUCGGCUGUAUGCGCACGCGCGGCAAGAGCUGUGCGCGCAUUCAGCCGGUCACAUAGGAAAGCAUUCAUAAUGCUUUCCUAUGGACGCUGGCGUGCUCUCACUGUGAAAAUCACAGUGAGAAGCACGCAAGCGCCUCUAGCGGCUGUCAAUGGGACAGCCACUAGAGGAAAUAGGGGAAGGCUUAACCCAUUCAUAAACAUAGCAGUUUCUCUGAAACUGCUAUGUUUAUGAAAAAAUGGGUUAACCCUAGCUGGACCUGGCACCCAGACCACUUCAUUAAGCUGAAGUGGUCUGGGUGCCUAGAGUGGUCCUUUAAGUGUGUGUGCAUCUGCAUGCACUGGCGUACAUACCGCGGUCGCAGGGGUCGCAGCCCUGUAACCCCUGCGACCAGGUGCCCACCCCCAUGUGUUGCGGCCUGGCCCGCGCGGGGGGGGGGCCCACGGAUCAAUUUUCGCACCGGGGCCCCAUGGGUCAUGUGUACGCCACUGGGUCAGUGUGUGUGUGUCUGGUUGAGUCAGCAUGUGUGUGUCUGGAUUAGUGUGUGUGUGUGUCUACUUGUGUGUGUCUACUUGGGUCAGUGUUUCCUGUGUGUCUGUUCCUGCCUGGGUUAAGGGUUAACACCAGCAAUCUUGCCCCUUUUCACAUUGAGGACUUAUUACUUCUUAUCAAGAUACCGCCUUAUUUUCUGCUUCUGUUUUGCAUUGGGACGUUUUAAAUUAUAUUUACUUGCCUUAUAAUAAAGACCCUAAAUUUAAAGACUGUGUCUGUCCAAAUAACUGCAUAUUGAGCCCAUUCACCCCAAACCCGUGACACCACCCUACAAUUAAACACAUAACACCACACCCUGUCAGCUCACACACAGUCAGCAAUACAGAGCCACAGCACGUACAUCUCACACAGCUCCUUUACUACUCUACAAUAGUUACAACAUUUACAGCCAUUCUGCAUUUAAACAACCGGCAUGCUAUCACUCUACCCACACAGCCAUACAAAGGCACAACAUCUACAGAAGCUAAACACACAAUCUCUACAGCCCUUCAACAUACGAUCACAUACACACACUGUACAUAGUACAUAGAACAUCAAAAUCAGACUCCUUUACACAGAUACUACACCAGAUGAAUCUCCUCACACAAUCCCACAUAUAUCACUACAAGCAGACCCCUCACACAUGCACAACACUCUUUACAAGAUGCCCCCAGUGCAACCAGGCCAAUACAUUUGCUUUUUUUUUAAAAGGAGGUUUGUGCCAGCAAUGGUUAAUCUAUCCAAAAACAGUGUUUUAUUAAAACAUUGUUUUUGGUUGGAGUAACCCCUUAAAAGUAAAUCUGUCUCUGAAGAGGGGUCCUGUUGGUAAGGGAGUCAUGACUGUGCAGCUUUUACACAGCCAGUCUCGGUGCUAUGCAACAAGCUCGUAAUAUCUGUUUGAGAGACGCACAGUCAAAGGGUGAGAAGAGCGUUUGCAAUGUGAAAUGGUGGCUGACAACAUGCAUCUGUGCCUUUGCAGCCAAAAAUUCUUGCACCUGGAAGGGGACCCUUGAUCUCUUUAUUGCUCGGGGGCCCUAUACGUUUUCAGUCCGUUCCUGGGUGGGUGAGACCUUUGUUUAGCAGUACUUAGAGUCAGAGGAUUUUAUAUUAUAGAUAGAUAGAUAGAUAGAUAGAUAGAUUUAAUAUAUAGUGUGUGUAUGUGCUUGUAUGUCGAAGGGCUGUAGAGAUUGUGUGUUUAGUUGCUGUAGAUGUUGUGUAUAAAUAUAUAUAUAUAUAUAUAUAUAUAUAUGUGUGUGUGUAUAUAUAUGUAUAUAUAAAAUCUUGCUCUUAUUAUUUAAAUAAAUACUGAAGACUUAAAGGAGCCCUGUCACCAUCUGGGUACUUUGCAGAAUUCGCAGAGACCUUCCAAUAGUGACAUUGCCACUGCGGGCUCGAUGGCCGGGGGACAGGUAAAGGUGAAUUCUUCUUCCCUGAACAUAACCCUCGCAGGCAUGGUCUUCUUCACCCAGUGGGUUCUCUUCUCUGCAUGUGUGAGAGUACAGCAAUGUAAUCUAAAGAGGAUCUGGAGAGAUUGUGAGAACCUCCAUAGACAGAGCUAUUUGGCUGUAGCCAUCACUGGUGAUCACAGGGGAAUUGACACUUCUAGACAGCGGUAGCUUCGCCCAACUUCUAUAAGUGUCAGGCGUAGGAAAUAUACAGAGACAAAGUGGUUCCUACUUUGUCUCGGUAUAUCACUUGACUGGGUUGGAAUUUCAGUGAAAUUCUAACACUGUCAAUAUGAGUAUUUCUUAAAGAUUCUAUCUUCUUGAAAUACAAAUUUUUCAGAAAGGGUGACAGUGCUGGUUUAAAGGACCUUGUCAGGUUCUCAGCCCUUCUCCACCUGCAUGAUGACUUUUGCUUGAGCCUUGGUCAGGAGUGAGUGCUUCAUCGACCACAGAUCACACUGUUAUUGUGUCAGGUAGAGAUGUGUGAUCUUUAGUUGGGCAAGCAAGGUUCCAAACCGAGGUUCAAGAAAGUCUUAGCAAGAAGAUGCAGAAGGACUGGUACUCCGAUAAGAUUAAACUACUUAAUUAUAAGAGAUACACUUAUCAAGGUGCAGCAAUAAUUGAACACUUUCCUUAGUUUACUCAGUGAGGUUUAACCAUAUGUGUAUUAUUAUCAUUUAUUUACAAAUAACGAUAUAUAUAUUGUCUUCAUUGUCGGCAAGUAUUCUUGUAUAUACAUUAAAUAGUUCAUGGAAUUCCAUGCACUGAUUGACUAAUAUCAUGCACUGUAUUAUCUAUAAAUACAUUAGUUAUUACACUAUAGAAAAAAUUAAAAUUUGUCAUCUCUGCACAACAGUAUCACUUUGGGAAAUGUACUAAUAUUGGUCACCGUGACUUUUAUAUUUGCUAAUAUAUGCAAUGUUUUUCUUCUACAGGACCUCAGAAUGUCACCACAGCAUUUCGUGGUUGUACCACAAAAAAUGUAUGCCAAUUUAGCUCAAGUUCUCAAUCAUUUGAUUCACUCACCAUGGAAUCGACAGUACAAUGCACUGCUACAAAGUAUUGGUAGUGAAAUCUUCUUUCUAAGAAUUGUUGUGGUCAUUCUAAUUCAUUUCUUUUCUUUUAACUAAAUUCUUGAGCAUUUCACUAUUACCAUGCUCUUAUGGUAAAUAAAGGUUGAUAUUCUCACAAACCCUGUGCAUGAAUCCUGGUGUUGCUGUAGAGCUGGACAUUUGAUAACUGUAACGGCACCCCGGGCAUAAAAGGGGUUAAACGCCAUUUAGAGGAUAUUCCCCUUCCAGAUAUACAGGCAGCUACUGUAGAUGCCAAUCCACCGAACCGGAGAAGCAUAUGAAUGCCGUAAACAGCCGAACCGGAACCAUACGAAUGCUGUAAACAGCCGAAUAGGAAAAACCAUACGAAUAGGUUUACACUCCUAGCAGUAAAACUGGAACAGCAUACAAUAAAUCUCACCAAGAACGAGACAAGGCUCCGUUUUGAGGGUCAAGCAGGAACAGGCAGAGCU